AAGCCGCGAAAGCGAACGCGAACGCGAACGUGACCAUCGCCCUCCCUCGGUUUUGGCGGUUUUUAUUUUUAAUUAUUAUUAAUCCAACAUCGCAAGCGGAGUUUCCAUUUCCAUUUCGCCAUUUCCGUGGGGAUCGACUCGAUGCGGUUGGGGUUACGGAGAGGCCGCGGCGGGGAUGGGCUUCGUGAGCACGGUUCUGGGGAUCGUCGGCUUCGGAUGCGGCGUCGCCAUCGGGGUUUUGAUCGGAUACUUCUUCUACAUCUACUUCAACCCUACCGACGUUAAGGAUCCAAUUAUUAGACCUCUACAUGAGUUAGAUACGAAGGCCUUACAAAGAAUUUUACCCGAGAUUCCAUUAUGGGUGAAGAAUCCCGACUAUGACCGUGUCGACUGGCUGAAUAAGUUUCUUUCUAAUAUGUGGCCUUACCUCAAUAAGGCGGUGUGCAAUCUAAUAAGAAGUACAGCUAAGCCAAUAUUUGAUCAAUAUGUUGGAAAGUACGGGAUCGAGUCAAUUGAAUUCGAAGAUUUAACACUUGGCACUCUUCCCCCUACAUUCCAAGGUAUCAAAGUUUAUGAAGUUCAAGAAAAGGAGUUAGUUCUUGAGCCUGUGAUUCGAUGGGCCAGCAAUGCAAGCAUCAUCGUCGUUUUGAAGUCAUUCUUUCCAAAGAUGUCAGUGCAGCUAUUGGAUUUGCAAAUAUCAUUGUCACCACGGGUGACUCUAAAACCUCUUGUGCCAAGCUUUCCAUGCUUUGCAAACGUGAGAGUAUCUUUGACAGAAAAGCCAUAUGUUGACCUUGGAUUCAAACUAUUCGGUGGAGAUAUCAUGGCAAUACCCGGAUUAUAUCGAUUCGUUCAGGAGACAAUUGCUUCAGAAAUUUCAAAUCUCUACCAUUGGCCCAAAGUUUUAGAAGUUCCUAUUCUAGAUGGUUCCAGUGGGGCAACAAACAAGCCGGUUGGCAUUUUACAUGUAAAGGUUGUUCGGGCAAUGAAUCUUCUAAAAAUGGAUCUCCUCGGGAAGUCUGACCCGUACGUCAAACUCAGAUUGAGUGGCGAGAGAUUGCCAUCGAAGAAAACUUCAAUAAAGAUGAGUAAUUUGAAUCCAGAAUGGAAUGAACAUUUCAAACUUAUAGUGAAAGAUCCUGAGACCCAAGUUCUCGAGCUCCAAGUCUAUGAUUGGGAAAAGGUCAAGAUGCAUGAUAAGUUGGGCAUGCAAGUAAUUCCUCUGCGGUCGCUAACUCCACACGAGACUAAGUCAUUCACACUUGAUCUUCUCAAAAGUAUGAACCCAAACGAUCCACACAAUAAAAAGAAGAGAGGAAAACUUGUCGUUGAGCUGACUUUCGAUCCUUUUAAAGAGGAGAAUGAGAGGUUAAAUGGAAGUAUAGACGGAGAUCGAGAGCAUGCUAGCAUUAAAAGAGCUCCUCAUGAUAUAUCUUCUGAAGGUGGGGUGUUGUUGGUGACAAUAGAAGGCGCAGAAGAUGUCGAAGGGAAGCAUCACACCAAUCCUUACGCAGUGAUUCUUUUCAGAGGAGAGAAGAAGAAAACUAAGGUAAUCAAGAAAAGCAGGGACCCGCGAUGGAACACGGAGUUCCAAUUCGUGCUCGAAGAAGCCCCAGUUAAUGAUAGAAUCCAUAUCGAAGUCAUGAGCAAGCGCAGCAGUUUUUCUUUUCGCAGUAAGGAAUCUCUUGGGCAUGUAGAUAUUAAUUUAGCAGAUGUCGUGCACAACGGCCGCAUCAACGAGAGAUACCAUCUAAUAAACUCGCGGAACGGAAAGCUAAAUGUCGAGAUCAAAUGGAGCACUGUUUGAUGAAGUAAACUAGUUAUGUACUAUAUUUCUUGCUGGAGAUUUCGCUGAGAAGGCAUUCUUGUAUAGUGAGAGGAACAAUAUAAUCAUUACUGCAAAAAAUAAAUUUAUUAUCAUUUCAUCUUCAGAAAGGAACAAUAUAAAGGCGAAAAUUUCUGUAAAUGGAAGAAUAUAUGUUAUGAUAUUCAUGUUAGUUUCAUUCGUGAUAUGUGCGAAAAUUUGUUGCA